AAAAAUUAUGCCACCGCAAUCAUCAUUAAACAUAUCGAAUAACAACAACAACAACAAAAUGGCCAAAAAUAGUCAAUCAAUAGAUCAAGAUCAGACAAUAAAUUGUAAUUUACAAUCAAUUGAUAAUGAUAAUCGUAUACAAUCAACAACAACGACGACAACGACAACGACAUCAACAUCAAAUUCAGCUAGUACUAUGGAUAUUGAAACCGGUGAAAGAGAAUUCGAAGUGACCAAUGUAACUAAAGAUGGUUCAACCACGGCAAAUCCAUCGCAAUUUUUUCUCAUUCGUAUUCUUGGUGAAGGAUCAUUUGGUAAAGUAUUUCUUGUGAGAAAAAUCGAAGGACCAGAUGCCGGUACAUUGUAUGCAAUGAAAGUAUUGAAAAAAGCCACAUUAAAAGUUCGAGAUAAACUGAGAUCAAAAACAGAACGAGAUAUACUUGCCGAUGUUCGACAUCCAUUUAUAGUCAAAUUAAAUUAUGCAUUUCAAACGGAAGGUAAACUAUAUCUUGUACUUGAUUAUCUUCGUGGUGGUGAUCUAUUCACACGUCUGAAUAAUGAAGUAAUGUUCACCGAAGAAGAUGUAAAAUUCUAUCUAGCCGAAUUAGCAUUAGCAUUGAAUCAUUUACAUUCAUUGGGUAUUAUUUAUCGAGAUUUGAAACCGGAAAAUAUUCUUCUCGAUUCAGCUGGUCAUAUUAAUCUAACGGAUUUUGGUCUUAGUAAAGAAUCGUUGAAUAAUGAAAAAUGUUUUUCAUUCUGCGGUACUGUUGAAUAUAUGGCACCAGAAAUUAUAUCAAGAAAAGGACAUACACAUGCCGUUGAUUGGUGGUCAUUUGGUGUGCUAAUGUUUGAAAUGUUAACAGGUGUAUUACCAUUUCAAGGACCAACAAGAAAAGAAACAAUGCAACAAAUUAUGAAAGCAAAAUUAUCAAUGCCACAAUAUCUAAGUGGAGAAGCACAAAGUUUACUUAGAGCAUUGUUCAAAAGAAAUCCUGUCAAUCGUUUAGGAUAUGGUCCAAGUGAAACCGGUGCUAUACAAUCACAUCAAUUCUUUGCCACUAUUGAUUUUGUUAAAUUGUAUAAUAAAGAAAUUACACCACCAUUCAUUCCUUCAUUGAUGCCAUUAUCAAACAAUCAUUGUUUCAGUAUUGAUUCAGCAAAUCGGCCACCCGAAGAUUCGCCUGGGAUUCCACCUAGUGUUAGCUCUCGUGACUUAUUUCGUGGAUUUAGUUUUGUUGCACCACAAUUAUUACAGGAAAUGUCAUUGAAUUCAAAAGAUUCCGAAACAACAUCGGCAAAAGAUCCCACAAACACUGGAAUCAAUACUACCGGUUGGAUACGAUCAUUAAAUGAUUUUCAAUUUCUUGAAAUAUUAGGCCGUGGUUCAUUUGCCAAUUGUCAACGUUGCGUUCAUAUUGAAAGUGAUAAACAAUAUGCAGUCAAGAUUGUCGAUAAAAAGAAACGAGAUUGUCGUGAAGAAGUUUCAAUAUUAAUGCGUUAUAGUCAUCAUCCAAAUAUUGUUACAUUCUAUGAUGCUAUCGAAGAUAAUGAUAAUGUAUAUUUAUUUAUGGAUCUAAUGGAAGGUGGUGAAUUAUUGGAAAAAAUUUUGGCCAAAAAAUAUAUUAGUGAAAUUGAAGCUAGCGAAAUAAUGGAAGUGAUUGCAACGGCCGUGAAUUAUCUUCAUGAACAUGGUGUCGUACAUCGAGAUCUGAAACCAUCGAAUAUAUUAUUUGCCGAUAAAUCUUGUCGGCCAUCAUCGAUUCGUAUUUGUGAUUUUGGUUUUGCUAAACAGAUGCGUGCCGAAAAUGGCCUAUUAAUGACUCCUUGUUAUACAGCUAAUUUUGUUGCACCUGAAGUUUUAAGACGACAAGGCUAUGAUGAAGCAUGUGACAUUUGGUCAUUGGGUGUAUUAUUGUACACAAUGUUAGCCGGAACAACACCAUUUGCAAAUGGUCCUACCGAUGCACCUGAAGAUGUUUUAAUGCGUGUUGGAUCUGGAAAAAUUGAUAUCGAAUCAGGCAAUUGGACAAAUAUAUCGCAAUUAGCAAAGGAUCUUGUCGCCAAUUUAUUACAUAUGGAUCCAACAAAACGAUUAAAAGCACAAGAAAUUCUUAAUCAUGAUUGGAUUAAAAAACGUGAUCAAUUACCACAAACAGAAUUACCACAUGCCGAUCUAUGUGUGGUAAAAGCAAACAUGAGUCUUGUAUUUGAAGUCAUACAAAAACCGGUACCAUUUUCAUUGAAUCCAGUGAAAACAUCACAAUUGGCUAAACGUCGAGCAUUACGUAAUACGGUUAAAUCAUUAGAGAAUGGCCAAUAGUUUAUAGUAUUCAACAAAAUUAUUGGUGAUAUAUACAUCAUUCUAUUAUUAUUUUCGGAUGAAAUUAAAAGCGAAUAAGGAAUGGAGAAAAAAACCAAAAGAUUAAAAUCAAUCAAACCAAUCGAUCGAUUCGCUAAUGAUAUCAGUUGUGUCAGUAUUUCAUUUAUUCAUAUCAUUGAUGAUUAUUAUUCGAUAAUUAAAUUGAUCACAUACUUGUCAGAUACAUAAUAUUUGCACACACCCACACACACACGGAAUGGUCAAUGAAAAUUCUAUCAAUUCUAAUUUGCCAUAAUGUCUUUCCCCCUUAUUUUUCUCUCGAUUCAUUCAUUCAUUCAUUCAUUCAUUUUUUUUAAAUUUCUUUGAUCACAUCACACACACACACACAAAGACCAACGAGGAAAGAAUUUUCCAAACGAAUCAAUUUACAUUUGUUUGUUUGUUUGUUUGUUUGUUUGUUUGCUUGUUGAACGCAUGAUUAUAUAUUAAUUAAUUUUAUUUUAU